UGGAAGGUGUGUGCGGGCAGUUUUAUUUUCAGUUUUUUGCAUUUAAAACACUUUCAUUUCCUUAUUAAACAUACAUAAUAUAUUCCGUAACGUUAAAAGAAGCAUGUUAUCUAAAUCAACCGUCCUGCCAUCGAUAUUAUUUGAGUAAAACAGAUAGACAAAGGGAUAACAAACAGAAGAAAUAUUUUAGACAGCCAUGUCUCUCUGGUCGAGAGCCCAGCAGUUGCCGCCGGAGAGCUUGCAGAAGGUGCGAGCAAUCUACGGAGAGCAUUUCCCUAUUGAGGUGCGUCACUGCCUCUCAUCAUGGAUCGAGAACCGAAUUUGCACGCCGGAGCCGGAGGAGCAACAGCGCUACUUCGUGGAGGAGCUGGUGGGUGAGAUCCACGCGCACAGCGAGCUGCUGCUCUCCCCCGACAUGUUCGUCACCAAGAUGAAGCUCAUUGAGGCCGCCAAGACCUUCCGGAUCAAGUACAGUCACGCGCCGCACGAGCUGUACGCGUACAUGCGGCACUGCCUGGGGUUGGAGAUGGAGGUGAUCCAGGCCGCCAUGGGCCCGCAGUACCUGGCGCAGCCGCACACCGAGCGCAAGUACAGCGAGCUGAUCACGGGUCUGCAGACUGUCCGUCAGAAGGUGAACCUGGCGGCGGAGGAGAUCCGCACGCUGCAGGCCAACAUCGAGUCCCUCUCCCUCCAGUAUCACGAGUGCCUCAAGAACAAGGGCCACAUCAACUACCUGCAGCAGUCCGGCCCCAUCACGCCCGAGCGCCGCGAGCUGGAGGCCUGCCUCCGUCUGCAGAUAGAGGAGAUGGAGAGGAAGCUCAACGCGCUGGUGGCCCAGAUCAACCAGUCGCAGAUCGAGCUGGUGGACCGUCUGAAGGACAACAUCAGCACGCUGCGGCAGCUGCAGUCGCAGGUGCUGGACGAGGAGCUCAUCAAGUGGAAGCGCGAGCAGCAGCUCAGCGGCAACGGCGUGCCCAUGUCCGCCAACCUCAACACCAUACAGGAGUGGUGCGAGCUGCUAGCGGACCUGAUCUGGAGCACGCGCCAGCAGGUGAAGAACGUGGCGCUGGUCACCAGCAAGACCAUCAGCGAGCUGCGCCAGCCACACCUCGCAGACAUGCUCGAUGACAUGAGCAAGCAGAUUACGAGCCUGCUGUCCACGCUGGUGACGUCGACUUUCGUCAUCGAGAAGCAACCCCCGCAGGUCAUGAAGACCAACACGAGGUUCACCGCAACAGUGCGACUGUUGGUAGGCGGGCAGCUCAACGUGCACAUGACUCCGCCAAGAGUGACGGUGGUGAUAAUCUCGGAGCAGCAGGCUCAGCUGCUGCUGAAGAGCGAAACGGGCGGCGGUCGCGGCAAGCAGCCGGUGGAGUGCGGCGACAUCCUCAACAACAGCGGCUGCAUGGAGUACCAGCCCACCAGCCGCCAGCUCAGCGUCAGCUUCCGCAACAUGCAGCUGCGCAAGAUCAAGCGCGCCGAGAAGAAGGGCACGGAGAGCGUGAUGGAUGAGAAGCUCACCCUGCUGUUCCAGUCGGAGUUCAACGUGGGCGGCGGCGAGCUCGUCUUCCAGGUGUGGACGCUGUCUCUGCCGGUGGUGGUGAUAGUGCACGGCAACCAGGAGCCGCAUGGCUGGGCGACCGUCACGUGGGACAAUGCCUUCAGCCCCCCGGGACGAGUGCCCUUCGCGGUGCCAGACAAGGUGACAUGGGGCCAACUGGCGGAGACUCUCCGCAUCAAGUUCUGUUCGGCGACCGGCGGCGACCUCUCCGAGGACAACCUGCGCUUCCUCGCCGAGAAGAUAUUCAGUGUCGCCCACAGGACCAACCUGCCGCUUAACAGCCUCGAGCUGAACGGCAUGAGCGUCAGCUGGACGCAGUUCUGCAAGGACGCGCUACCCGAGCGCAACUUCACAUUCUGGGAGUGGUUCUACAUGGUCGUCAAGGUCACCCGCGACUAUCUACGCACGCUGUGGUGUGACCGGUUGAUAAUGGGCUUCAUCCAGAAGAAGCAGGCGGAGGAGAUGCUGGCCAAGUGCCCGCCGGGAACCUUCCUCCUGCGAUUCUCUGACUCCGAGCUGGGUGGCAUCACCAUCGCCUGGACCGGAGAGGGGAACGAGGUGUUCAGCCUGCAGCCGUUCACGUCGCGCGACCUGAUGCUGCGCUCGCUGGCGGACCGCAUCCUUGACCUCGCCCAGCUGCAGUUCCUCUACCCCAACGUGGCUAAAGAUGACGUCUUCUCCAAGUACUACACUAAGCCGGAGAACGAGAUGCUGAAGAACGGCUACGUGAAGCCGGUGCUGGUGACGACGCUGCCGCCCUACAUGUCGCCCUCGCCCGCCUACGCCCACUCCCCCGACUCGCACCGCAACACGCCCAGCGUGCACAGCAGCUGUGGCACGACCAUACUACAGCUGUAAGGUCUCGCGGCCAGCUGAAAACCAGUUACAGGGGACAGACGGGACGCCAUACUUUAUUUAUGUUUAGUGCAGUAUUCUAAGAGGGUUUUCUUAUCUUUUUAAAUUAAUUUAAGGAGAAUUCCUUAAGGAAUUCUCCUGAUCCCUAUUCCGUUAUUAUUUUACCAUUCGUGCGCUUAUGAACGUUAUUUUUAAGUAUCUUAUUAUGUUAUAUAUCUAAAGCCUUGUCAGGAAAAAACAUGUCAUAGAGAAGAAACAGCCUCUUGCAGGGGGAUUCACAAUUCCCGUUCGACAUGAAUUUGGAAACGAACUGUCAUUGGUCGACGCUAGGAGCGGCGCGCGUUUGUUGGCUGUUGCGUAUGAACAUUAUAAAAUCUGAAUCGAAAUUGUGAAUCAGGCCUCUGGUACUAUAUUAUAUAAUAUUUUGUCUCGUCCGUCUGUCCCUCUCCCGUUUAGUAUUAAUUGAGUGUUGACGUACUUAUUACAUAAAAUAUGUGUUUGUUGAUACUUCUGUCAUUGCAUGCGAUACCCGCGAAGCUUGUAUGUUCCAAAUAUUACAAUCGUUCUUAACGUAGUCCUAAUCGGUGUUGAGGGUUAUAUAGGUGUAAGGAAUUGUUAUUUACCGUUUUCUCUAUUACUCGUUCAUAAGUAAAUUUUUUAAAACGAAAAUCGUAAUUAUUAAUGAUACAGUUUUGUGAUUUUUUUGAUAACUUUGAAAGAUUUUUAAUACCAUGACAUUAUCGGUUAA